UAGGUAGCGCGUUUUCGGCACGAAAGCCAUGGAUCUGCCAGGGAAGCUGCCGAUGAACCGUCAUGUGGUGCACGUGUCGUCGUGGAAGCAUCCAAAGAGUCCAGGCAUGGACAUCGUCCAGACGCAUCCUCUGAAUCAGCAGCUGGAAGUGUUCUUGCCCACCGCAACGCCCUCUUCCGUCGGCAGUCUCUCUCGCCAAGGCUCAUUCUUCUACGCGCUUCGGUUGUGUCCGCGCGAGUUGGUCGAGGAAUGCCUCACCCACCCGGAUACAUGUUACUACGCCAUCCUCAAGAAUGCGCCGCAGGAUGGCGCGAAUACCAUGACCCUCUUUCCCAGCGGCGACCUCGUCCUGUCACUGGACCAUGACACGUACACACAAUUCGGUCUCGUCGGGCAUCCAAGCGCACUUCCUCCUGGUCUCAAGUCCAUCAAAAAGUCUGCCCACGGCAACAUGCAUGUCAUCGCGAUCUCGAUCAAUGGUCUUCAGUCCGACUCCCCAUUCAAAGCACGCGUCUUCGCAUGUUUAGAUCGGUUUGGUCCAGUCGACUUGCUCGUGUGUGCUACGAACUCGAAUGGACAUGCGCAAACCGUAUCCAUUACGCACGACGCUGCCCAACGGCGGCGACUGGAACUCAGCGCCACUGUGCAUUCGUUUGAAAGCAUCGUGCUCCCCGAUGCCCUGUCAUCUUCGCCCCCAAAGGCUGGCAAGGGUGGCUCCACUGCCGACCAAAAAGACCAUAUUCAAGACGUGCACGAAUGGCUGGGGCUGAUGUGCUGUCGCCUCGAUGGCCUUUUGCAGGGAAGCAGUCCAGACGAAUACGCGUCCAGCUACAUCGUUCCCGGCGUCGACGAACCGACGACUGCGGAAAGGCACCGCGCGACUAGCGUGCGAUGGAGAGGUCUGAUCCCGGAAUCGUUUUGUGCCACUGCGUUGGAGUACGCCAAGUCCCAAGUGGCCGACAAGGCGGUGCCGUGGGCGGCAGUGAUCGUAUGGGGGUUUCCUGAUACAUUGGCGUCGUGGUUUGAUAAGGGCAAGCGGCGAGACCAUGGCUUCCAAAUGGAAGGCACCAAUGGGUACACAAUCCUUUGCCUACCAGAGAAUCAAUACUGGGUCAUCCAGUCCAUUGGCGCACAGGAUGCCGCCGUUUAAUGCUGUUGAAGAUGAUACGUGUGUACUAUACAGGUCGUUCGUUGCUUCAGUAUUGUAAGGGCGACUGGUUGCGUUUGUGUUCAAUGCAGUAUACCGUGAAGGGUGUAGUACAUAUAGUGCAGAAUGUGAA